AAACCCUGGACCUCAGCCUCUGUGGAUGUCUACAAAACCCAGAAAACGCUGCGGUUUCUUUCUCUUUCACCGCCAGCCAGCCAGCCUCUAGCCAGCAGAAAACAAAGUCCCUGCAAAAGGAAAAAAAAAAGAGGAGAAAUUGAGGAGGAAAGCUUGAAACAUUAGUGACGAAAGAGCAAUUGAAAUGAAGGAAUAGAAUGAGGGAGAUGAAGAGCUUUUUAUCACUCUCUACUUCUUCAUCUGCUACAGUUUUCCAUUUUCGUCCUCUCAUGGCUAAGUUACAAUGUCGGACUUUUCAGAAUUAUCCAGCAUCUCACUUGCCAAUUGGUACUACUUGUCGUAAUUACAUGCAAUGCUCACAGAUUAAAUUAAAAAAAGAUAGACUCUCUUUCAUUAUCUCCAUCAACCAUUCUCAGAGUCUCACCAAUGGAGGGUCCAUGUCCAUGUCUUCGGCCAUUAAUUCCCACUUAAGCCCUGGGAGCCUUUUAAAUUAUUGGUCUUUUAACAAUGGUAAUACACUGACUUCUCUUGAAAGUGGUGUAUUUGCUAAGAGGCUUUUUUCAACAGCCUCAAGAGGGUCAAAUAAUAAGAAUCAAAAUGUGGGUGGAUUUAGUAAACAUUGGAAAAAGCCAAAGGCAUCGGGUGCUGCUCAUGAUAAAGAUGAAACUAACACAAACUCUCGUAUCUCGGCUUCUAAAGAUGUUGAUGCUGUUACUUCAACCGAAACAGCUGUUGGAGAUGCAAAGCUGGGUUCAGCAGUUUCAAGAACGAGAAACAAAAAAUCCAAAGUUAAUGAAACAGAGAAGAAGGAAUCCAAAAGCAAGAAAAACAAGGGAGAAGCUUCUUUCACUGCUGUUUCAGAAAAAGCUGCUGGGGCAAAAUCUAUGACAACGACUUCCCAAUUAAAGAAGUCUCUUCCUAGCAAAAGUGGCCAGGUUGCUGCACGAGCUUCACAGAAAAAAGCAACUGAGGAAAUGCCCAAUGGUUCAACAAAACAACAGUCCAACAAGAAAAACGGUAACUCUAGUAUAAAGAGAACAACUAAAAAGGCAGUUAAUGGAUCAGCAGAGAAACAGAAACCCCAAAAGAUAGGCAAAUUGCAACCUUUUGCACAAGGGAAACUGAAGUCACUAUAUCCUUCAGCAGGGAAAUGUGUUGUGGUGGUUGAAUCUGUAACAAAGGCCAAGGUGAUUCAGGGGUAUCUUGGUGAUAUGUAUGAAGUUUUGCCUAGCUAUGGUCAUGUAAGGGACUUGGCUGCAAGGUCUGGAUCUGUCCGACCUGAUGAUGAUUUUAGUAUUGUGUGGGAGGUUCCUUCUGCUGCCUGGACUCAUCUUAAUAGCAUUAAGGUUGCACUAAGCGGAGCAAAAAUUCUUAUCCUUGCAUCAGAUCCUGAUCGUGAAGGAGAGGCUAUUGCUUGGCAUAUUGUUGAGAUGUUGCAACAACAGGAUGCCUUACGCCAAGAUCUUACGGUAGCAAGAGUUGUCUUUCAUGAAAUAACAGAGACAUCCAUAAAAAAUGCUUUGCAAGCACCAAGAGGAAUUGACGUAAACUUAGUUCAUGCUUACCUUGCUCGACGUGCUCUUGAUUAUUUGAUUGGGUUCAACAUCUCACCAUUGUUGUGGAGGAAAUUACCAGGUUGCCAGUCAGCUGGGCGAGUUCAAUCAGCUGCAUUAUCACUUUUAUGUGACAGGGAAAUGGAAAUUGAUGAAUUCAAUUCGCAGGAGUAUUGGACUAUUGGUGCUAAGUUGAAGAAACAGGAGCAAGAUUCUUUAGUGAAUGCACACUUGACCCAUUUUGAUUCCAAAAAGUUGAAUCAAUUCUCAAUUAGUUCUGACACAGAGGCAAAGGAUAUGGAACAGAAGAUUAAUUCUGCUGACUUUCAAGUUGUUGGCUCUAAAAAAACCAAAACACAUAGAAAUCCUCCCACUCCGUAUAUAACAUCAACACUUCAACAGGAUGCUGCAAACAAAUUAGAUUUUGCCACAUCAUACACGAUGAAGGUCGCACAGAAGCUUUAUGAAGGGGUUCAGUUAUCAGAUGGGAAGGCAACUGGGUUGAUAACUUACCUCAGGACAGAUGGACUGCAUAUUUCGGAUGAAGCUGUUGGAAACAUACGUUCCUUGAUCAUUGAAAGAUAUGGGCAAGAUUUCGCAUCGAAGGGUCCACGCAAGUAUUUUAGGAAGGUGAAGAAUGCUCAAGAGGCCCAUGAAGCAAUCAGACCCACCAAUAUUCAUCUUUUACCAUCAAUGCUUGUUGGAGUACUUGAUGAAGAUUCCUUGAAGCUAUACACACUAAUCUGGUCUCGGACAGUUGCAUGCCAGAUGGAACCUGUUACUAUUGAGCAGGUGCAAGUUGACAUUGGGAAUGCUGGAAAGUCCAUUGUUUUUAGAUCUUCAUGCUCAAGAGUUGAGUUUCCUGGAUAUCAGGCAGUUUAUGAGGAUGUUGAGGCUGGAGCUGUAAGAUAUAAGGAAAGUGAUGCACUCAAUCGUCAAGAGGCUUUUGGAAUUCUUGAUUCACUUAAGACAGGAGAUUCAUUGUAUCUUGGUGAAGCAGAUAUGAAACAGCACUUUACUGAGCCUCCGCCACGCUACUCUGAGGGAUCACUGGUUAAGAAGCUCGAGGAACUUGGCAUUGGAAGACCUUCAACAUAUGCAAGCACACUGAAAGUCUUAAAGGAUAGGAACUAUGUGACUGUAAAAAACCGUGUACUGCAUCCAGAAUUUCGUGGUCGCAUGGUGUCAGCAUUUCUCUCUCACCAUUUUACUGAGGUCACGGACUACAGCUUUACUGCUGAUAUGGAGACUGAGCUUGACAAUGUUUCUGCUGGCUUAACUGAUUGGAAAGGCCUUCUAAAAGAUUACUGGACACGAUUUCAGUUGUAUUGUAGCCGUACUGAAAGUGUCCAUAUUCACCAGGUGGAGAAGAUGUUGGAGAGAACAUAUGACCGCUUUUUGUUUGGUUCACUCCCUGAUAAAAGCAGAACAUGCCCAAGUUGUAUGGAGGGCACUUUGAUAUUCAAAGUAAGUAGGUUUGGUGCAGGCUAUUUUAUUGGAUGCGAUCAACACCCAAACUGCAAGUACAUUGCAAAGACGUUAUAUGGUGAUGAUGAGAAAGAAGAAACUCCUCAAAGUUCUAGUGUUGAUGAACCAAAACUGCUUGGUGUUCAUCCGACUUCCAAUGAAAAGGUUCUUUUGAAGAAUGGUCCUUAUGGAUACUAUGUACAGCUUGGAGAAGACAGGAAGGGUUACGCUCCUAAAAGAUCUUCUGUUUCUCAUAUAAAGGAUGUGGGUGCUAUUACUCAUGAAGUUGCUCUCAACUUGUUACGCUACCCUCUGACAUUGGGUGACCAUCCAAAGGAUGGGUAUCCUGUGAUGAUAAAGCUCGGAAAGGGGGGAUACACAGUUAAACAUCGUCGUACAAUGGCUUCUGUUCCCAAGAACUUGAAGCCGGAGAAGAUUACAAUGGAGAAAGCAUUGGAGCUUUUAUCAGGUAAAAAUGUAAGUCAUUCUGGCAGGCCGAAGAGCAAGCCGAAAGUAGAAGAAGCUGUUGAGGCCAUGUAGAGUGGAGGGUAAAUAGUAAAAAUACAUUGAAUCAUUUUUGGUUCAUACAUUGACAUAAUCAAUCAAUCUGUUGAAGAACACUAACUUAAAAGAGUUACAACAGAAGAAAGAAUUGGUCUACUGAGAAGGGUUUUAGCUCCUGUACGAGCAUGGAGAGACUUUUAUUUUUUUAAAAAAAAUUGUAUAAUAGUGCAAGAAUAAACAAUUUUGUUGUAAGGUAACAAUUGAAUUUCUUGUAAGGUUUUUUUAAAGACAGUCUGGUAAGGUUGCCCAUUUCACA